AAUUUGAGCUGUUGCCUUUCACAAUCUGAUUAUGAUGUCUCAAUACUUUACUCGGGACUACCAACCUCUAUCGAUCCGGUAUCGGUGAAAUCCAACCCGAACUUAUCCCAUAACCCUAUCGACUUCAUAUGCGGAAGGUCAAAUCAAAAUCAGAAACAGCAUCAAACCGCGGUCCCGCCCCUUCCGCCGUCCCUCUUCGCAGCUUCUUCAUAAUCAGCUGGUUGGGCCUCUAGAUUUCAUAUUCUAGCUCAGUAUCUUUGUGACCCCAUUCCACCCGAUUUUCCAGAAUACUGCGUCGUCAAGGCUAUGAGCACUCAGCAGCCAUUGCGCCGGCGCAAGUACUCUUGGGCGGUCAUUGUCUCCUUCGGCUGCCUGGCUAUCGCCCUAUCCUGGGUUGCCUUCUCGAUAUAUCAGGAAGAUGUCCGUGUAUCAGGCUCUUGGGGCUGUGAGAUGAGCUGGAUGUCGCCUUCGUAUGCGCCUCUCCAGUGGCCUCAAAGACCCAUGCGCCAACGAUACGGGCUGUAUCGAUACUUGGAGCAGGGUAUCGACACGGACAGUCCACCACGCGGUCACCCUGUCAUUUUCGUCCCGGGGAAUGCAGGGUCCUAUCAACAGGUCCGUUCCAUCGCUUCGGCCGCUUCGAGACAACAUCAGCACCAGGGAGGACCGACAGCUGUGCACUCCAAGUCUAAUCAUAUUGAUUUCUAUACUGUGGAUUUCAAUGAAGAGUUCUCCGCUUUUCACGCCCAAACCCUACGCGAACAAUCUAAAUUCCUACAACUAUCAAUUGAACGAGUACUGGCCGAAUACGGCCACCUCCCAGAGCAUUCGAAACCGACUCAAGUGACUUUUGUCUCCCAUUCCAUGGGUGGCAUUGCUACACUACUGGCGCUUGACUCUAAAUGGGCUUCUAUGGUCGACGCUGUUGUCACCCUAUCGACCCCGCACAUGAUGCCUCCCGUGACCAUCGAGUACGAUAUGGACGCUAUCUAUACAACCAUAUCCCGGUACUCUCAGCUUGGUAUCCAUCCUCCUAUCGUUUCGAUCUGUGGCGGUAUAUCAGACACUCAGAUCGUUUCUGAAAGCUGUGUGCUUUCAAACACCCCAGGCUCCGAAGAACGUCGCCUUACUGCGUUCACCUCCGCGAUUCCAAUGGUGUGGACCGGGGUCGACCAUCAAGCGAUGGUAUGGUGCCAUCAAGUCAGAUGGACUGUUGCCAGCCUUCUUCUUGACUGGGCAAACGCAAAUGGCGUGGACAGAAUUGAUUUCGCCAGAGAAAGACUUGUUGGGCCUCGAGCUGCUCCUCUAUCUCUUCCUGAUGGGAACAUUUUGACAUUCCCGAUCUCGUCCGCAACUUCACCGACCAUGACACUCUUGCGGCGAAGAACAGACGCCCUGUCAUUACAAGAAUGUGAUGAAAGGGGAAAUUGUGUUCCAGUAGAGUUCCGAUCCGAUCUUCUCCCCUUGCCUCGAAACACCUCAGCCCCCUUUCCAUCACCGGGGGAAGGUGUCAAUCUUGAUGACGCAAUACUCUCCAGCGACCUGAAUAUCACUGUGUCGAAGGGUACUUUAGAAGUACGUUCGGUGCAAGGCGCAAAGAAAGACUGGGUUGUAUUUGGUCGGCACGUGUAUCGUUCGGUGCGUGGUGGCUCCUGGGGUAAGUUCGUUUCUAGAGUUUGGCUCCAACAGAGCCUGACCUUUGUCAUAGAGCGGGAAGAGAACGAUGAGAACGUUACGCACUACACGUUGAGAUUUACGAGCCCUCUGUCCAACUCCUUGUUGACGUACGACCUUGAAGCCAGCAUCGGACAAUGCGAAGGUGCGUCUAUGGAUUCCUGCUUCCGUUCAUUGGCAAGCUUAUGUGUGCUUCCGAUAGGUCAAUACCCUAUCAUCAAACAUACCUCCAUAUCUGUGCCGUCGUUGCAAGAUACUGCAUUAGAAGCGCGUUUCUAUCCCAUUACAUCAAUACCCUCUGUUCUUCGCCUGCACUCGCAUGUGCCUCUGGGACCCUUCCUCUCGUCUGAGCAUGUGAGAGGUGUGGAAAUCGAAGUCUUUCAAUCCCCCACCUGCCCGAUACAAAAGAUCAGAAUGUCGCCAUGGCAUAUGGGCGUGCUCGGCAAGAUUGUGACUCGUUACCGAAUGGUCGCGAUGGCCUGGCCGGUUGGGUGGGCGUCCGCUGUAGUGUUGCGACAAGUGGCUUCUUUCCAUGGGACGGGCACUAUUCCUUCGUACGACCAGGCGUUGACAGACGUUGCUGUGGAUUGGCUUCCUAAGAGCUUGGUCGGUAUCGUCCUCAUGGGCUUUCUGCAGACCGCUCUAUCGAGCUAUGGAAGGAGCCAUACCCUCAUCCUGGGCAACACCGAUCUUGCCUUCAUACCUUUGCUGUUCUUCUUCUGGGUAUGGUCAUUUGGCGUCACAUGCUUGGUGUGGUGUUGUGUCCUUGUCACUGUCUCGUUAUAUCGCAAGCUGCUUGCAACUCUUCCUUUACGCUGGAUAUCUAGUACCGAGAGAAACCGGAUCAAACCAAGCGAAGGCCCGGAAGAACCCCACCGACGCCCUUCCACCGGUCGAUCCAACGCUACCGUGCUAGGUGUGAUCGCCUUAAUCGCAAUAGCCAGCUUCUUUGUCCCCCACGAGGUUGUGCAUGUGGCGGCAUUCAUGAUAUUAUGGACCAUAUCCGCGAAUGAAGAUUGCGCUUCACCUACGGCUCCCUCGUUGUCGGCCGCCCUGCCCGGCAUUCUAGUCAUUUUAGCUGUGUUACUUCCGUUCAAAGCUCCUCACCUGCUUGUUUGGGGUCGCAACUUGUAUAGCCACCGAGAGCGUCCGGUCUAUUUCAUGGAGAAUCUGUGGUACGCAGGCCCUCCUAUAGCAGUGGUUGCGCUCUUCCUUCGAGGCGCCGUCUAUCGGAGACGGACUAGGUGCGUAGUCUUGUGAUGACUGUGUUUGUGCGCUCAUAUCUAUAAAGUCGGCUGUUGCUUUGCAAGGUUUCUCUGAUAUGGCUGUCCUUUUCUGUCGCCUUGGCAGGUGGGCGAUGGACAUGGAUUAUCCCACCGCUGGCCAAUCUGUUCAUUUGCACUCUCGUCGGGCUUCUCUGGUAAUACGGCCGUGUCUCCUUUUGGGAUUGUACCUAGCAUCAUGCAUCACACAUAUAGCAC